AUAGCCUAAUCUCUGAAAUAUAGAACUCACGUGUUAAAAAGUUUCUUUUAUCCCAGAUUCGUGUACCGCCGAGACGUCGAUCUCUCGCGGUUAAACACCAAUAUGGGUUUCGUCAAAGUAGUUAAGUGUAAGCAAUACUUUAAGAGGUACCAAGUCAAGUUCAAGAGGCGUCGUGAAGGAAAAACUGACUACUAUGCCCGCAAACGUCUUACUGUACAGGACAAAAAUAAGUACAAUACUCCAAAGUACAGGCUGAUCACCCGUAUUUCCAACAAGGAUAUUACAUGUCAAAUUGCCUACUCCAGAAUUGAAGGAGACAAAAUUGUCUGUGCCGCUUACAGCCAUGAACUUCCAAAAUACGGUGUGAAAGUUGGUUUGACCAACUAUGCUGCUGCUUAUUGCACUGGACUUCUUUUGGCGAGAAGAUUGCUCAAGAAAUUGGGAUUAGACACCUUGUAUCCUGGUACAACUGAUGUCACUGGUGACGAGUACAAUGUUGAAGAACUAGACAAAGGACCAGGUGCUUUCAAAUGCUACCUCGACACUGGUCUCAUGCGUACCUCUACUGGUGCCCGUGUUUUCGGUGCCAUGAAAGGUGCUGUUGAUGGUGGACUUAACAUCCCUCACAGUUUGAAACGAUUCCCUGGAUACGAUAACGAAAGCAAAUCUCUGAAUGCUGAUGUUCAUCGCCAGCACAUUUUUGCUCAACAUGUCGCUAACUACAUGAGAACUUUGGAGGAGGAAGAUGAUGAUGCAUUCAAACGUCAAUUCUCCCAGUACAUCAAGAACGGCAUCACUGCCGAUAGCAUCGAAACCAUGUACAAAAAAGCACAUGAGGCCAUCCGUGCCAAUCCAGAACACGUCAAGGAAGAAAAGAAACCACAGGAGAAGAAGGUGAGAUGGAACAGAGCCAAGAUGUCUCUGUCCGAAAGGAAAAACCGCGUCGAGCAGAAGAAAGCAUCUUUCCUCAAAACGCUCGAGGCCGAGGCAUAAGAACAUCGUGCUCGUUAGCAUCUGGACUCUUGUUGUUUUACGUUUUCCUGGUAUUUUCAAUUAUAAUAUCGAGUUGACAUUUGUAUUGAGAAUACGCUGCGAUGAGAGUUACAAUAAAAACA